CCAUUUGCUGAUGAACCAUCUAAUCAUGGCUUGCAAUUGACAGAUACAAGAAUGCUAUACAAUAUGACUCUAUCUUCUGAUAAAGCUCGGCUUCAGGUUGCUAUUCAUGCCAUAGGCGACAGGUCCAUUGACUUGGUCUUGGACCUGUAUAAAUCCGUGGCUUCUAAGAAUGGAAUGAGGGACCGAAGAUUUAGGAUAGAGCACGCUCAGCAUUUGGCUCCAGGGACGGCAGCCAGAUUUGGUGAACAAGAAGUUAUAGCUUCAGUUCAGCCCGAUCUCUUAUUAGACGAUGCUAAUUCUGCCCCAAAAAAACUUGGGGCCGAGAGGGCCCAUGGAGGAUCAUACUUAUUUCAGAAGACAACCAUGAAGGAUCAUACUUAUUUCGCGACGCAAUGGUCCGGCUACGAAUUCGGCAACUCACUUCAGGUAGCAGACAUCAAUCUUUUGGGAAGCAUAAAGACAGCCAUGAAAAGAGUACCUCCUGGUUGGGAAGACGAUUGGAUUCCAUCCGAACGAAUUAUUUUAAAAGAUGCAUUGAAUGG